GUGCGGUAUUGCAAACAUGGCUGCACACUUUGUUGACAUCUAUACAAAUAAGUAUAUUUACUUUUUGGAACAUCGCUUGAAUGGAUAAUGAUUCAAUAAUGUUUACAUUAUUUGGAUCAAAUCGCGAUUUUUAAAUACGUUUUUUAAAUGCAUUUUAGCAUGAUUAGUAAAAACAAGUAACGAAUCAUGGCUGAAAGUAAGAGAUCUACUCGAGAACAGAUGAGACUGAGAGACCAUUCUUACAGUAACAAUCACUACUCACUCGCUACUCCAACUCAUAGUGAAGGUGAAAAUUUACGUCAGACCUCCAGAAGUCAUAUAUCUAUUGAAUCUUCUUCUGCCCCUGAAGCAGAUGAUGAUCAGUUUACAAGAACACUUCUGAGCACUGUCUUUGAAGAUACCAGAGCCCAGUCUCCUGUUGAAGGUGCAGCAAGCUCUCACCAGACUAGAAAACCAAUCACUCUACACACCCUGGACACAUACAUCUCCACAAGCAUGAAAGAAGUUACAGAGAACGAAAUUAAAGCUCAUAAGGACAACCAAGACUUUGUGACAGGCCGACUUGGCCCAGCCGAGUGCACUUUUGAUACAUCUACUAGCAUUGGAACUGUGGUUGUUGAUCCUGACAAACUUGGGAUUGCUAGUCAUUCCAACUUUAGUAGCAUCAAAGCAAAUUGCUGUGUUUAUGAAGGACGAUGGGUCUAUGAACUCAUGUUAACAUCUAAAGGUGUGAUGCAGUUAGGAUGGUGCACUGCCAACUGCAGAUUUUCUCAGGAGGAAGGUGUGGGGGACACCAGAGACUCUUAUGCUUAUGAUGGGAACAGGUUGAGAAAAUGGAACAUAACAACAAAAAGAUAUGGAGAGCUAUGGAUGUCUGGUGAUGUGAUAUCAUGUGCAAUAGACUGUGAUGCUGGAACCAUUACAUUUUACAGAAAUGGUGUUUCCCUCGGUGAAGCUUUCAACAAAGUACAAGUUGGGCCAGGCUAUGCCUACUUUCCAGCUGUCAGUUUGUCUUUCACAGAGAGUGUACAAGCCAAUUUCGGUGCUCUUCCACUUCGGUAUCCCAUUGAAGGGUACAAGCCACUGCAGAGUCCACGCCUGGUUGAAGUAGCUCAGGCUGAAGUAUUAUUCACUUAUCUACAUAAUUUGUUGCCUAAGCUCAUAGAAGAAGACCAAAGACAGUUAGAGAAACAGAGCGCCAAGUGUAGCAAGAGUCUUCUUCCCAUGACUAACUGGCAAGAUCAGCGUUCCCAUCAUGCCACGCUCGCUUUAGUAGCCUCCCAUAUCUUUCACAGAUUAGCUCCGUUGUUGAGAAUACCUUAUGUUAUAGAGAUGUGCUUGGUCAAGUUUAUGUUGGGUCUUUGUGAUUAUGUCCACUGGCAGGAGGAGCAGGUCCAAGUUCACAAACUACUAGACCUUAUCUGGAUGAUGCUACAGGACAUGGAACUGCGAGACUGUAUGGAACAGUUAGCUAUAUCAUUGUUGAACGGCUACAGGUUUCAUUCAUUUCAUCCUGAGUUCAAGUAUCCUAAACAGUAUUUAGCCUUGACCUUAGCUGUCCUGAGACACGCAAGAACUUGCAGACAUUUGUUGACUUUUGUAUUUUUUGAAAGAGUCAAGUUCCCAGUCUUUAUGCAUAUCAAACCACCAGAUGAUCACAACUUGACCAAGUUACUGCCUGUAGUUUGUUGGGAUCAAUAUUUUCAAAUAGACGCACGGUCCACUGAGGACGACAAUAACGAGUCUGAGGAUGAAGUCUCAAAACAAAGCUAUCAAAGUUUCCUGGAGGCGUCUAAGAAACUGGGUCAGAAAGUUGAAGAACUAGAAUCUAUGCAAGUGGAGUUACUGAAAUGUCUGCUGGUUACCAAUGACCCAGUCGAUGGUAAAACAUCUCGAGACAUUUUUCUGGAGAAAUUAAAACUAUUUCUGAAAGAAAACAGUGGUAUUAUAAGACUUCAGAUAGCUCAGUGUGCUCUGCCAGUUAGUUUGUGUUUCUUUCAUCGACUUGUUCAGGCCUUGAAGUUUUACUGGAAUAAUUUUUGCCUUGAAGAUUCAAACUUUUACCCUUGCACAGAGGCCUUCAUGCCCAUUCAGUGUUUCUGGAAUGACUCUAGAGACUACUAUGAGCUACAGAGGUGUGGUGGAUUGAUGAGUCAUCUCAAUAGACAGUUGGGAACGGAGGUAAAUCGUGCCCAAGGAAUAGAACUGCAAGAAGAUGGAAGAGUAGUGAAAAAGUUGACCAAGGAAGUAGUGAAACAAACAGAGGAGUAUCCCAAACUUGAAAUGCCAAGUGGCAACUCUCUUCUAGAUCUGCUGGACUGUGUUGUACUCCUGUACCAUAUAGCUGCUCACAAACAGUUGGGCAAGAUGUGUGCCUUACGUGAAAGCAUGCAAGACUAUAUUCUUAACAUGAAGGACACAAAAAGGAAACUUAAGAAAUGCCCUGGUGAUUUUGUGGAAGUCAGACAACAUCUGGAGAAUGCCAUCAAAGUUUUUGAGGAAAAGAUUCAAGAACAGGCCAGACAGAUGGUUUGGGUAGCUGUAGUCAUUUACUCUCCGUCCAAGCAGAAUGAUAUCGCCUGGUUGAUGCAUGUUGUCCUGAAGACUGUAGAGAAAGCCUCAGAGUACCACAGGCUGUUCCAGUAUGUUCCAGAGUUCUACAUUGAGACAGGAGUCAACACAUUCAAUGCUCUCAGAAACUACCUUCAUCCAACCACACCUUUUCAAGAUGUACCAGACUUGCAACAUCUACUUCCACUCUACGCAACUUUCUUAGUGGAUCAUUUUGCAGACUCAAGAUUAGUUAGCAACGACUUAAAGGACAUGUUGGUCCAAGCUUUGGCUUGUUUUACUUGUUACCCAAACACAUUGAAAGUAUUGGAGGAGUUACCCAUGGACAAGAGAAUUUCCAUGUUGCAGUCCCUAAUAGCUCCUUAUGAGAACAGGUCCUGGGCGCACACCAACUGGAUACUUGUACGCAUAUGGAAAGGAUGCGGAUUUGGUUAUCGUUACCAAUACCUACCAAACCUUAUACCACACAAAGCCCAGCCCACAGAGUUCAGUUAUGUGAGUCUACAAAAGCCAUGUCCAUCGCAAGAGUUUCAGAGUUUGUUGGCUAAAAUUUUACUGGAUGAUAUCUCUAGGUCCACCAAGUUUCUGGAUUCAUUAAUGAAUCAACUCAACUGGUCUUUCUCAGAGUUUGUUGGUAUCAUACAGGAGAUUCAGUCCCUGGCCAGUAAAACUGAGCCUCUACUUCUUGAAUCCAGGCAAGUAAAGAUCUGUGCAGCCUGCUUUGAGAUCUCAGUCUGUUUACUGCGAGUGCUAGAAAUGGUAGCUACUGUAGCACCGCAGAUGUUCACAGACUGGUCCAGGCCCUCCGCAGAGCUGUUUUUGAAACGAUUGAUGCAGCUGCUCAGUCAGAUCAUGGCCAGAGUGACCAUGAAAGAUGGAGCUUUUGAACACAUUGUAACGAUACCAAUCCAAGGUUUGGAUGGUGUGACACACUACCCCAUACUUACUGUGACAGUUGGUAUCAUGGCACAACUCAUUGUCAGGUGUGGAGGCAGCAGUCAGGAAAAAGCCACCAGGUCAUUACUUCUGGAUUCUGGAUUUUCCUUGGACUCAUUGAGAUUUGUACUUGGUAAUGAUAAGAUUAGCAAACAAGACAAAAGCUUUUCAUUUAGAAAAUAUGAGGAAGUGAGUGUGGAGGAACUGGAGGAUGUUGAGAAACUCUUGUCUUACCUCACGCACCAACAGAUUGCUUUGACUGCCUCACAAGUGACUGUCCCAGAUGAUGACCUCUGUACAAUUUGCUAUGCAAAUCCUCAGCAAGCUGUCUUUGUCCCCUGUGGUCACAAGUCAUGCAGGACCUGCAUUACUCAACAACUUUUGGGCAAAAAAGAAUGUUUCUUCUGCAUAGCAACAAUCUCCAAGGUGAAUGAUACAAAGGGCAGACAAAUAUUGCGUGAACACUUCCAACCCAGCAAAUCUUAAUACUGAAUCCAUUAGUCAACAUUGAUUUAUUUAUUCAUUUGUUACAAACUUUGAUGUAGUUUAUACUAAACUAAUAAUAUGGUCAGUUAUUGUUUACUAGAUGGUCAAUAUAUAUAUAAAUGUAUACAUAUUUUUUUUAAUGCAUGAAGAAAUUUUUAAGCUAAUUCUUUUAAAAAUGAUGUUGUUGUAUUGUAACUAUUUUCACAAAAUUUAUUCAUUCUAAAGUGCCAUUUGUUAAAUUUAUGUCUCUCUGUUUACUAUCAUUGAUGUAAUGUUGUCCUAUUGUGAUUAACACUUGUCAGGUGAUACAUUGAUUUGAAAAGAAGAUAACUUUAAUGACGUUUUAAUCAUCUAAGAGUUCUCACUUUCAUUGUGCAGGAUUUCUUUUCUCCUCCAGGGAUGUGUACAUUGUUUUGAACACAGAUACUCACAUUUGGUUUAAUAGCGUUGUUGCAUUUGUACCAACUUGAGAUUUGUUGAUGUGGAAAGCCAAUGUGUAUGCCAGUGUAUUGUGUAAUCUAUGUUACUAUCAGCUAGAGAUUAUUUUGGAUUACCUCAGUAACUAUGUUUUCCUAUCUUUGAAAGUUGAACUGAAUUUGUUUUGCCGAAAACUUUCACUUUUUAUUUCAAUUUAUAAUAAGCAGUUUCUCUCUUUUAGUUUUUGUCAUGAAAAGCAAAUAUUUAGCAUUGAGUAUGCUGACAUUGCAUUGUAUUAUAACCAUUGAUAUAACACCAAAAGUUACCUAAGAAGUGAUAUUGCAAUAGAUAGUAUAUAAGUUCAAAAGAAUAAAGUAAUUUGACUAUAGUUUAUCUGUAAUGUUGUCUUAGUCAAAUAAAAAAAAUUCUUGGGCUGAACAAAGCCUGAACUGUAUUGACUGACAUGUGGAUCUGAAAUGAAGAUUCUGGACAAAAUUUCAACUUUAGAGCUAUAUAUUUUUUAAUCUUCACAGAAUGAAAUUCUUUGUGGAAGGCUACAAUGAAGGCUGUCUUCUGCAAACCUUGAGGGAUGGCUGCCUGGUCGUGCGGUUUGCACGCUGGACUGUCGUUCAGAUUUAUCGAUGGUCCCUGGUUCAAACCCUGCUCGCUCCCAUCCCCCGUCGUCCUGCGGGAGGUUUGGACUAGGAAGUAAUUAUCCUCAACUCUGAAGGAACAUCCGAAACAUGUAAAACAUUUUACAAACAUUUUGUUGUUUAAUGUGGCUCAGUUGGAUUUUGGGAAUCACUUAAAAUCCUUUGUCACUUAUUGAGGUUGUGAAUGAGCAUUGUAUGUGUGUGGUUUACAAGACAUGUUCUCCAACAGAAUGAAUUGGUAGUAAUAACAUGGAGCCUGAUACAAGGAAAUGCUAACAUGGAGGUCCUCAUAUAACAUGACACCACACUUUCAUAGAGGUCCUCAUAUAACAUGGUGCCACUUUUUCAUGGAAGUCCUCAUAUAACAUGAUGCCAUGCUUUCAUGGAUCGAUGAGAGGAAAGAGGCCAAACGUAGACGAGAUCAGAAAAAUAGAACUAAUAUAAAGAAAUUCCAAGUUAAAUGCUAAGUGACAUGUCAACACUUGCCCAACACCAAUCUUUUCUUAUAAUUACAACUAUAUUAUACGAACUAGUAGCAGCUGCCAAAAAAAGUUUUUAAGACUAUUUUUAACAUAUCUCUUAAUUUUGUCAAUUAUGUUGACUCAUAAAAGUUCAUUGUAAUUGAGUUUCAGAAAAACUUCAUUUUUUGUUGUUGUUGUACCCUUGGUUGUUUUUUCUUUUAUAGCUAACAUUCUUUACAGAUUGCUUGAGUCUAUGUUGUUCUACAGCCAUUUUUUUGUUUAAACUACAGUCUGCAUUAUUUUAUCUUUUACAUUUUGAUAUAUUAGUUUCACCUUGCUAGCCAUACUUGAAAUUCAAAUUACGGAUGUGCAAUUUUAAUGAAAACACCUGUUAGAAAAUCAUACAUGAUCAACAGUUUAGCCCACCUUGUUCACUGCACAUGUACUGACAAUGUUUCUUACAACAAAGCAAAGUUCUAUACAUUUUUGUUUCAUUUAUUUUAUCAAAAGUUUUCUAAAACGUGCGUUUUGUCAUCAAUAGUUAAAAUGCUUGAAGUGUGCAAUAAAAUGUCAUUACCAAGCUUCAAUCUAUCUAAUGUAAACAUCAGCAUAUUAGGUAUUAUUGUGUUCACUGCAUGACUUUUCCUGGUAGAUUUGAACUUUCUAAAAAUGUUUUUAAGACUAUGCUUAUUUUUCUCUGAAAAUGUUUGUUUUUUUAAAUUGAUCAUAUUUUUAUUCAAUGUCAUAAAAAGUUAUUAAGAUUUCUGAACUUGAGAUUUUAAUACAAAACAUUCAGGCAGGAUUUUCCUUGGAAGUAGUCGGUUAAAUACAGGACAGGUGUGGACAAACCAUGUGUGGUCAGUUUAAUGACAGGAUGGGUGUCAACAAACAGCUGGACUGGAACUAAUAUGACCAACAAGCUACAAAUGCAAGAAAAUGUAUUUCAGUGGAAUGUUGAAUAGUGUUUCUAAUUUACUUGUAUUUAUAUUUUGUUUGUAAGAAUUACUUAGUUCUUGAUAGGCACUCUAUUUGAAGGAUGUUAGGGUUACACAGCAUGAAGUCAUUGUACAUUUUAAAACAUGAUUUGUGACAUUGGUGGAUCUUUUGAUUUGGAGUCGACAGCGAAUACAUUUCUUGUAAAGUAA